CUUAGUGUUUAUUUACGAUAUACGUUCUUUGUCUUUCAGAAAAUUUGUCUCUUGUGAAAUGUACUUUGAGGAAAUAUACACAACAAAACAUUUUUUGCCGGUUGUUUUUCGAAAAUUGAAUUAAAAAAUUGUUGGUUUAUCAUUUAAUUAAUAAAUUAUUUUGAUUUGUUUAGUCUUGGAUACCUUUUGUAAUCAUUAGUAGUGUUAACAGAAUUUCUCAUUAAUUCUAAUAAUACCAACACUACUUUACAAAAAUAAGAGAAAAUGUCUCUAGAAAUUCAAGUUCCAAUCAUAAGUCUCCCGGCAGAGCUGGAAGGAGCAGAGGUAGCAGAAAUGAUUAAUUUAAGUACAAUGUGUCGAUUGUGUGGCAAUCAAAACAACAGACUCAUAGGACUUUACUCAGAAGAUUCAAUAUCCAAUGAUAUCCCAGGAAAAAUUAAUCUUUAUCUACCUAUAAAAGUUACUGAAAAUGAUCAUUUUCCUUUGAACUGUUGCUGGCAGUGCCUUUCAACUCUUCUGGUGUGGCAUGAAUUGUUUGUCAAGAGUGUUGAGACUGACCAGAAGCUGAGAUCUUUUCAGUUUAUUUCCGAGAAGCAAUUUGAAGAUAUGAGUAAUGCAUUUGAAGGAACCAACCAAAUUUUGACUGUCAGUGCUGAAGAAACUUUGGUGGCAACCGCGUCAAUUUCAAAAGAUGCCAUAAAACUAGAACCCAUAGACAGAGGCCCUACAUUUUUGGUAGAAACCCAUAUUCCACAACUAGAAGAAAACUCUCUACCUCUACAUGAGGAAACUUCUCGGGAUAUUGAAGAAUUAAAUACUGACCAAGGUUUACAAGAAGUAUCCACUUUGCAUUUGGAUGAAAUAGUACCUCUGUAUGUGCAAGAACAAGAUUUAUCACCAGGUUGGGUUUUGUGUGACUGUAGAAAACAAUGUGAACAAUUUAAAAAUAAAAGUGACAAUAGUGAUUUAUUAGAGGCUUGUAAUGAAAGUAAUAUAAUAUUGGCUGCCCCAAAAUUAGAGGACAAAAUUAGUGACAAACAUUAUAAUAUUCCUGAUACAGAUGUAAAUUUAAAAUCCCUUACAAAUAGUAAGAAAUAUGAAUGUAUUUAUUGCGCUGCAGAGUUUACUAGCCAAUCAGCCAUAUUAGAACACAUGAAAACAGCUGGUCAUGCUACACAGAGGACUAAAAAUUCUACUGGUUCAAAGAAAGGAUACAAAAUGCGCGCAAAAUGGUACAAUAUUAAAGACAUGGUAAAAUAUCCUUUGCCAAAAGUUAAACGAGAAGAAGUUUAUAAAGCCAGGAUCGUGGUUAAUGGUAAGACUUUCUAUAAGUGCAAAGAGUGUGCCAAGGAACUCCACUCGAUAUACACCUACGUUUGGCACACGAGAAUACACACUGGCGAACGGCCGUUCGUUUGCAGCAUAUGUAACAAAGAUUUUAGAGUUUCUCAAGGCCUACUACGUCACAUCAAGGAAACUCACGAAAAAGUAAAAGACUACCACUGUGAUACUUGCGGGGCAGAUUUCACAACAAAACGAAACCUCGACGAGCAUCGGAGGAUUCAUUCUAACGAGCGUCCCUAUAUUUGCAAAACUUGCGGCAAAAGUUUUAAGCAAAAAGCUUCUUUGUUUGUUCACAAUCGAUCUCAUACCACCGAAUUCCCCUUUUCUUGUUCCGGAUGCGACCAGAAGUUCAGAACUAGGGCAUCUUUGUUGGUGCACUCCACAAAGCAUACGGGUGAAAAGCCACACCCUUGCGAGAUUUGCGGUAGACAGUUUAGGAUAAAAUACGAACUGAAACGGCAUAGGCUGAUUCAUAAGGAUGAUAAGCCGUUUACUUGUAGAGUUUGCAAGCAGACAUUUAGACAAAAGAGAUACUUAAGGAACCAUUAUAAGCUGAAUCAUCAAAUGGAAGAACCUCAGUUGUCUGAGAUGCUGUUGGAGUAUAAAAAAGCUAUCUAUACAUAAAGGAAUUAGUUUUAGACAUAAGAAGCCUUAUUGAUUUGCUUUUUUAAAACUGACUGAUUUUUUAAUAUUUCUAGGGUACAUAUUGGCACAGUAGAAAAUACACCUAUGUAUUUUGAAAAGUGAAACUUCAACUGAAAACGUGUUUAGCCUAGAUUAAGAAUCAUUGUGAUAUUAAAUGAUAAUUUUUUUCUUCCAAUAAUUAUAGCAAAAAAAGCUUU